CCUGCACUGAUUUUAUCUUGGAUAAUGACUUUCCUAAUUAGAUGAAACAUACUCCAUAAUUGAACUCGAAGUUCACAUUGUUUGUUUGGUAGAAAGACAGAAGAAUUAGAAAUGAUUUUGCAUACUAUUCUUUCAUCUUCAUUGAUCUUUCUGAUUGUUCUUUUCCUGCUAAGGAAAAUCUUUUCAGAGAAUAAGAGGCCACUUCUUCCGCCAUCUCCAAAGAAGCUACCAAUCAUAGGCCACCUUCACCGGCUACUCAUCGGAAACUCGCCGCCGCACCACGUCCUCCACCGCCUUUCCGACAAAUACGCCGGAGGAGGAGGUCUCAUGUACCUCCAGCUCGGCUCUGUUCCGACGCUAGUGGUUUCCUCCGCCGACGCCGCCCGCGAGAUCUUCAGAGACCACGACGUCGUUUUCUCCGGCCGCCCUCCAAUCUACGGCGGCAGGAAAAUGUCCUAUAAUUGGGCCGACGUGUCGCUUUCACCGUACGGAGAGUAUUGGCGGCAGCUCCGGAAGGUUCUAGUCGUUCAUCUGCUAAGCCCGAAGAGAGUGCAGGGGUUCGCGGCGGUCCGGGAGGCGGAGGUCGGCCGAAUGAUCGAACGGAUCGCUCAAUCGUGUCACGGAACGGCGGGGGCGGCGGUGGAUUUGAGCGAGGCGGCGAUGUCGCUCUCCAACAACGUUGUAUGUCGGGUGGGAUUCGGGAAGAAACGUGACGGCGGAGGAGAGGCGAAGUUUCACAGGAUUCUUCACGAGACGCAACAGCUGCUGGGGGAACCAAAUUUGGCGGAUUUCUUCCCGGGAUUGAGCUGGGUCAACAAGGUCAACGGGGUUGACUCCAGGAUAGAGAAGAACUUCAAGGAGUUGGAUAGCUUUUUUAAUGAAGUGUUAGAGGAGCAUUCUAUUAAAAGGAUUAAUGAAGAAGAAGAAGAAGAUUUUGUUGACUCUCUGCUACGAAUUCAGAAGGAGGAAGACUAUCAAACUCUCUCCACCGAAAGUAUAAAAGCUCUUCUUGUAGAUGUAUUUGUAGCAGGUAGCGAUACGUCAGCCUCAACAAUAGUGUGGACAAUGGCGGAGCUCAUAAAAAAUCCUAAUAUCAUGAAAAAAGCUCAAUCAGAAGUGAGACAACUACUCAAGGGAAAACAAAAGGUCAGCGAGAGUGAUCUUCCAAAUUUGAAGUACUUGCAAUUGGUAGUAAAAGAGUCCUUGAGGUUCCACCCUCCCGCACCGCUGCUAGUACCCCGGGAAACCACAGACAAAUGCACUGUCGGAGGAUACGAUAUUCCGGCAAAGACACGAGUUUUCAUCAAUGCCAUCUCCAUCGGCAGGGACCACAAGGCAUGGGAAAAUCCAAUGGAUUUCUGGCCGGAAAGAUUCUUGGAAAGUGAGGUUGAUUAUAGAGGCAUGCACUUCGAGUUUAUACCGUUUGGAGCGGGGCGGAGGGGUUGUCCUGGAUUAAACUUCUCGGUCCCGUUGGUGGAGCUCGCGGUUGCCAAUCUUUUAUAUAGGUUUGACUGGCAGCUUCCUGAAAGUAUGAGUGUUGAUGAGGUUGAUAUGAAUGAAACUUUUGGGAUUACCGUGCAUAAGAAAACCCCUCUUUGCUUGCUAGCUUCCAUCAUUUCAUUUCCUCCGUGAUGAUAAAUUAUGAAAAUGUCAGUUUGCUAGUUUUAGAAGUUUGACAAAAAACAUACAUAUAGUUGUUUGUAGACAAUUCCUACUAAUGACUAUUAAUUUGGACAUGAUUUAUUGGAUUGCCCUGGAUUGAUCUUGUUUGAA